UCCGCCCAGCGUGCAGCAGCUGAGGGAGGACGGGUCCGUUUGAGAUUAAAGUUACAGCUGAAGAAGAUGUGAAAACCUCUGAUCAACCAGUCAGACUGCAGACGGCUGCAGCCCUCGGCCGAACUCCGACCGCAGCUGAGUGACAGCUCCUGGUUGUCCCCAGUAGGUUGAAAGAAUAUACAGAGAGGAGGUUUUUCCACCUGCUGGGCGAAAAGCAGCCUGGUGAUUUAUGUCCGGCAGCUUUCUGACAGAGGAGCAACGCCAGUGAGCUGCAAAAUGACGGCUGCCACAAAGCUUCUGGACGAAAUGUGCCACCUGACAGCCCAGUCCAUCACAGAAAUGGACACAUCGGAGCACUUCAAGCUGGUGAAGCUGCUGGGUGAGGGCUCCUACGGAAAGGUCAUGCUGGCCGUGCACAAGACGAGAGGCACUCCGAUGGCUUUGAAGUUCUUCCCCCGUGGGUCCACCUCCCUUUUCUCCUUCCUGAGAGAGUACAACCUCUCGCUGUCCUUCUGCACCCACCCGUCCCUGACCAGAGCUCUGGGCAUCGCCUACACCACCCCCGCCCACUACAUCUUCGCUCAGCAGGCCAGCCUGUUCGGAGACCUGUACGACGUCAUCAUCCCCGAGGUGGGGUUGGAGGAGGACCGCUGUCAGCGGGUGGUGUCCCAGCUGUGUGGCGCUCUGUCGCACCUGCACUCGCUCGGUUUCGUCCACAGAGAUCUCAAACCGGAGAACGUCUUCCUGUGCGACUCCGCCUGCCGAUGGGUCAAACUGGGAGACUUCGGCAUGGUGAAGGCCAAAGGAACCAGGGUCCCAGAGGUGUGGUACAGCUCGCCUUACUGCACGCCCGAGGCCGAGAUCGCCCGAGGAAACCAGGACAGCUGGAGCAGCGCCGGGGAUGGGAGCGCUGGCUUCAGAGCGGAGGAGGAGGAGGAGAGGAGGAAGAGGGUGUGGGUGUCUGUGGAGCCCAGCACGGACAGCUGGGCUCUGGGCAUCCUGACGUUCGCCAUGCUGACCGGCAGUCACCCCUGGGCCGAGACGGCCAGCGACUGCCGCUCCUACCUGAAAUUUCAGGAGUGGUUUGACAGCGCUCGAGCCCCCAGCGAUGAGCUGGACGUGUGGGCGGAGCCACAAACCCAGAGCACGGAGGGUGCCUCUGACUCGGACAAAACAGGCCAGAAGGACCAGACUCCCACUGCCCCCCAGUUCGCAUGCUUCACCCAGUUAGCCUGCUCCUUCUUCCAGUCGCUCCUGGACCCGAGGCCACAGCGCCGGGGGCGUCCCGACGACGCUCUGAGUUACCUCGGAGGGGACUGGAUGAUGGAGAAGGAGAGGGCCAGGCUGGAGGAGGAGAGGAAGAAGAGCACCGGGAGAGGUGCCAUCAGAUGCAUGAAGGAGAUGGAGGGGAGGGGGGAGCGGUGAGCCAAGACGGUUCAUCCAAACCAAGCAAAGCAGAAAGAGACUGUUGGCGACAUUUUUUCAGGUUUUAGUGCAGCAAGAGAAGACUUUAGCCCACUUUUAAAAGAGCAAGAAUGUAUAUUUGUCCAGAAUAAAAUAAAAGGUGCCGAGUUGACAUUAACUUUUUCUAAUGAUUUGGCGUUUUCAUGAGUUUGCAUAUUCUUUUCGAGCAUUCGAGGUUCCCUUCCACCAUCCAAAAACGUGCAUGUGAGGUAAACUGCU